CAACAGCACAGCGAUUACUAUCUCUCUAGCUCUUUGUUCAAAAUUUGAACGGCGCUGCCCUCCCCCAAAUCGCCCCGUUUCCCCACCCCCACCUCGCUCCCCCAACGUCGGCAGCCGGAGCGCCAUGGCUGAACCCAACUCGUACGAGGAGCAGCGCAGGAGGCAGGUGGAGGAGAACAAGCGGAAGCUGGACGAGCUGCGCCUGCACUGCCUCUCCGCCGCCGUCCGCGAGGCCGCCGUCAAGCCAAUGCCGACCCCGGAGCUGAAGCUGCGGUAUCUUCGCCCGCCGCCGCCCCCGACCCGGCGGUCCGGCCGCGUCGCCAGUCUCCCCAAGCAACCUGAUUACCGCAACAAGAAAACCCCAAGAAGGGGAUUAUCGCCUGAUCGUGUGUACGCGACCGACGAAGCCAGAGACUACGCCUUCACCAAGGCCAAAGAGCUCAAUAACCAGCUGUCCUCCGACUACCCCUCCUUCAUCAAGCCCAUGACCCAUAGUUAUGCCACGAGGAGUGGCUAUCUGCACAUCCCGCCACAAUUCAAGAAGAGGUAUCUCCCAUGGUCUGAUGAGAUGAUAUUUCUGGUGGAUGAAGAGGAUGGGGAGUUUCCCAUGCCUUACAUUGCGCAACAUAGUGCCAUCGGCUCUGGGUGGAAUUCGUUCGCCAUUGCUCACAAGCUGGCUGAUGGUGAUUGCUUGGUGUUCCAGCGAGUCCACAGGACAAAGUUUAAGUGGAUCAUCAGGUCAAACAAAGGAUCCAUGGAGUGCAACAUGAUCUUUGAAGAAGUCAUUCUCCGACCCCCUAAAAAGGCGCAACAGCAGCUGGCAUCAUUCUCUAGCAGUCACAUUUUACCGGAGCCUGAUAAAAUGCCAUGUUGAUGCAAUGUGUCUUACCUUAAUAGAUGGCACAGUAAAGUGCAAGACUUGGGUUAAGAUCAAACUUCCUGAAAUUACAGAUUCUUCAUCA